AUGCCUGGUCUGUUCCGCAACUCUGCCGACGCGGCCGACCCAGACGCGGCCGUCGCCCGCCGGCGCAUGCUGGGAAGCACAGCAACAAUCUUCGCCGCCGGCGCCGCACUCUUCUCUGAUGGCUACGCCAACGCCGUCAUCUCCCCAGUCAACACGGUCCUCGCGAGGCUGUACCCCGACUGGAUGGACUCUGACAAGACGGAGAACCGAUCGCUGCUUGGUUCGAUGGGUUUUGCCGGAAUGGUGAUCGGUAUGAUCGCCUUUGGCUUCAUCUCGGACAAGCUUGGCCGUAAGCCAGGCAUGUUCCUCACCACGGCCAUCAUCUUCGUGUUCAUGAUCCUCAUGGCAUGCUCGUCUGGCCCCACGCCCCAGGUGCUCAUCAACUGUCUGAUCGCAUUCCGGUUCCUCGUCGGUAUCGGUAUCGGCGGCGAGUACCCCUGUGGCUCGACCGCCGCUGCCGAGUCGACCGAGAACCCGGGCGUCAAGAAGACACAUCAGCAGCGAUACUUUGUGUGGGCGACGCACUUCAUCAUUGACAUGGGCUUCCCCGUCGCAUGGCUUGUGCCCCUCAUCAUCCUCUGGAUCUUCGGCGAAGGCCACCUCCGUGUCGUGUGGCGUGGCGCCCUCGCCCUCGGUGCCAUUCCUCCCCUGCUGUUGCUGUUCGUGCGUAUCUUCAUGGAGGAGCCCGAGGCAUACAAGAAGAACUCGAUGAAGCACGUCAAGAUCCCCUACUGGCUCAUCAUCAAGCGCUACUGGGGCAAGCUCCUCGCCGUCUCCUUCUGCUGGUUCAUCUACGACUGGAUCACGUACCCCUUCGGCAUGUACGCCGGCACCAUCACCGAGGGCGCCAUCGGCCCCGACCCAACGCUCGUCCAGAUCCUCGGCUGGGGCUGCCUCAUCAACGCGUUCUACUGCCCAGGCGCGUUCAUCGGCGCCUUCCUCUCCGACUGGCUCGGCCCCAAGCGCUGCAUGGUCUUCGGUCUCGUGAUGCAGGCCGUCUUUGGCUUCGCCCUCUCCGGCGCCUACUCCUACUUCAAGAAGCGCACCGUCGGCUUCGCCAUCUUCUACGGCAUCUUCCUCUGCUGGGGUGAGGUCGGCCCGGGCAACAACGUGCCCCUGUUCGCUGCCAAGGCCAUCGGCCCCACCGCUGCCCGCGCGCAGAUCUACUCGAUCGCCGCCGCGUCCGGCAAGGUCGGCGCCUUCAUCGGAACCUACACGUUCCCCCACAUCAUCGCCCGCUUCCCCAAAGACUCGAUCCUGCGCGAGAACGGCAUCUUCUACAUUGGCUCGGGUCUCGCCCUCCUCUCAGCCAUCGUGGCCUUCUUCUUCUUCCCCACCAUCAAGCCCGACGCCAUGGCCGACGAGGACGUCCUCUUCCGCGAGUACCUCGUCGAGAAUGGCAUCGACAUUUCCGGCAUGGGCAUCAACGGCAACCGCGCCGGCUCGCCCACGUCAGAGCACACGUUUGACGAGAAGGACGAGCCCAAGGCCGCAGAGGUCGCGGUCGUCCAAAAGGUGUGAACACAUGUAUCGUAGCAAAUCUGUCUUUCCUGUCUUCGUAGCUAUAGUGAAUCAAAUACACGCAGGGUGAUGGAUCGUGGUUGACUCGGG